AUGUUGUGGCUUCUUCUCGCUCUGUUAGUUGUCCAUGUGGAAUCGUCACCAAAUCACGUCUUGCUGGGCUCGAGUCACGCUCAUGACAGCGUUGUGGUCUGUGAAAUUGAUGAGUUGCAACUCAAUAUGCAAGAGCAUAACGAUUCUCUGAAAAAUAUGGAAAACCUGAUUUGUAAGGAAAUGUCAGAAAAUUGGUUCUGGAACACAUCGACAACUUGCAAAUACAGCUUAACUUAUAAAAAUCCAAAUUUCUGCAAUGGAACGGAUACCCAAUGCUCCACGAUGGUAACCGUAUGCGACUCAACAAAAACUUUCAAACGGUUGUUUUAUAUCAGUAUGGGAUGUAUAUUUUUGGUUUGUCUGGUUGCUCUUGAAGAAGAGCUGACAAAAGCCCGACAAAAGUACUACAAGAAAAUUGGAAACCAAAACCAAAGCGGAUAUGCCCUGGAAAAUCUUUAA